AUGUACACCGAAAGGUGGAUACGCUUCGAAAAUCUGGAAUUUCAUAAUACGGUCGACCAAGAAGCUUUCGAAAAAGAACAAGUAAUUCGCCUAUCACCACCGGACGGAUGCUUUUUCGAGGUUAUGAGAUUUCGUAUAAGACCUCCAAAAAAUCGUGAGAAGCCGCUUUCCGUAAGAAGCGUCAUGAAGAUUGCAGGCUCUAAGGUCGAAAUUCGAAUUGAAGCAAUGGCUGCUGCUCAAGCUGAUAAAUCGAAAAGCGGCCGAAGUUCGAAACGUCAAGUACCCUGCGAAGAUAUCCAGAUCCGCUUUCCAGUUCCUGAAGCAUGGAUAUAUUUGUUCCGUGAAGAACGUCGUUGGGGGGUUGGAUCUGUGCAUGCAAAAGUAAGGCGGCCAGGCAAGGUUAAGAAUCUAAAAGAUCGUUUGAUGGGUGCGGUGCAAAACGUCGACAGUUCUCUGAUUGAAGCAGCAAUUGGUGAAGCAAAAUACGAGCAUGUCUAUCGGGCACUGGUCUGGAGAAUUCCAAGGUUGCCCGAGAAGUACCAUGCUGCCUACAAGGAACACUUGUUGCGGUGUCGUUUCGAACUCUCGUCAUUCGACUUAAUGCCCGAAGCGUUCACUCCCACGUGCGAUGUGGAAUUUACGAUGCCUCUGGCAAUGAUCAGUAAUACUGUCGUGCGGUCGGUGAGCGUCGAGCAACAUGAAGACAGCGAUCGGGUGGAAAAAUUCGUUCGAUAUGUUGCAAAGUGUACAUUUAAGGUUGAAAUCGAUUACGUGCAGUGCCCUGAUUUGGACAUGGAUGCCAUAUUUGAUCCAACAGUAGUGAAUCCAGAAGCAGCACAGGAAACUAUCCCGGAACCUCACAAAGCGAUGUUCAAUCCCGACGAAACAAAAGAGAUACAUGAGGGGUAA